UAACCUCUCCUUCCACACUCCUCAACUCAAUUAUUACUCAAAAACUUAAAAGAGUCUGAGAAACAGAGAGAGAUGUUGAAGGAAGAGAGCAAUGGCGCUGCUGCCACCAAAAACUGGGCACGUGUUUGCGACACGUGCCGGUCCGCAGCUUGCACGGUGUAUUGCCGUGCAGACUCUGCGUACCUGUGCUCUGGCUGCGACGCCACUAUCCAUGCUGCAAACCGCGUGGCGUCGCGCCACGAGCGCGUGUGGGUCUGCGAGGCGUGUGAGCAGGCCCCGGCGGCUUUCUUAUGCAAAGCUGAUGCGGCCUCGCUCUGCACUGCCUGUGACGCAGACAUCCACUCUGCCAAUCCGUUGGCGAGGCGCCACCAACGUGUCCCAAUUCUGCCCAUCUCCGGUUGCCUGUACGGACCACAGGCAACUGACCCGGGCGAGAUAGUGGUGGGGGCCGCUGCAGCGGAGACAGAAGAUGGGCUCUUGAGCCAGGAAGGAGAUGAAACCAUUGAUGAGGAAGAUGAGGAUGAGGCAGCAUCAUGGUUGUUGCUCAAUCCUAUGAAAAACAAUAACAACAACUGUAACAAUAACAAUAAUCAGAGUAAUGGGUUCUUCUUUGGAGUGGAGGUUGAUGAGUACUUGGAUCUUGUGGAGUACAACUCAUCAUGUGGUGAUCAGAACCAGUUCACUGAUCAUCAUCAGAGUAACCAGCAGCAAGAGCAGCAGCAGCAACAUUAUGGUGUGCCUGUGCCACACAAGAACUAUGGAGGUGAUAGUGUUGUGCCAGUUCAGAUGCAGAAACAAAGCUUUCAUCAGUUGGGUUUGGAGUAUGAGUCUUCAAAGGCUGCCUACAGUUACAAUGGUUCUCUUAGUAACACUGUCUCUGUUUCGUCCAUGGAUGUUGGUGUUGUGCCAGACUCAACAAUGAGUGAUAUCUCAAUCUCACACCCAAGAACUCCUAAAGGGACAAUUGACCUUUUCAGUGGACCUCCCAUUCAGAUGCCAUCCCAACUAAGUCCAUUAGACAGGGAGGCCAGGGUCCUAAGAUACAGAGAGAAGAAGAAGACAAGGAAGUUUGAGAAAACAAUUAGGUAUGCCUCAAGGAAGGCCUAUGCAGAGACCAGACCCCGGAUCAAGGGCCGGUUUGCAAAGAGAACAGAAAUGGAAGUUGAAGUGGACCAGAUGUUCUCCACAACACUGAUGGCAGAAAAUGGAUAUGGCAUUGUUCCAUCAUUCUAAUUACAGCAGAAGAAAAGAGGACCCUCUUCGGAUAACAAUUGUACUGGUUUUUAGUUAUUAUUAAAUAUCUGCUACUGAUACUUACUGUAUCUUUCCCACUUAUAUAUAAUUGGUUUAAGGUAAUGACAUGUAUGGCUCUUCUUGCCAUUGCUAUGCUGUAAAUGCAUUUGCAUCCUUUUAACUUAUAAUAUUUGACUUUCUCAUAAACUACAACUUCACUGUUUGGAGUAGAAGGUGUUUCCUAUUUUAAAGUUAGCAAAGACCAGGCAGGAGAUGGCAUGUGUAAAAAUAUAUAGUGAAUCUUUUCUGCUUA